CUUCGACAGAUGAUUCUAGGGCCCAUUAGGUGUUGAAUUAAUCCAUGUCUUGUUGUCACCUGGGCUUAGGGAUCCCCGCGAUCAGUUCUGGAGGGGGUUCAUUCUACUGCCGAGGAUGAUCUUCACCAAACGACCAUGUUUGUGCUUGCACAUCCACAUACACAAGAACCUAUUUCGAGUCAUACAUUACGUGCUAAUAGCUUUUCUUUUGUUCAUUCGUUCCCUUCUUGUCCUUCCUAUGUUCAUCCUGAUUGAGCUCUAUCAACUCUACCCGUACUCCAAAGCAGGGAAAAGUGUGGGUAUCAAAGGAGCAUGGAGGCCAAAACCACAAAGAGGUCUUUAUCACCAGUGAAAGCGCGGUGAACGAACUCGCCGGCCAUGUACAAGAUCG